AUGAGUGACUCCAGGGAAAGUUCUCCAGAUUGGCUUCGCUCCUUCCAGGCUCCAACUUAUUCGCCGGUGGCUAUAUCAUCGGGGUCCAGUUUAUCUCUGAAUGACAGUCCUGAAAGGGUGGAUCUAGCCAACUCCCAGUCACUAGAAAGUGAGAACGUUCCUGAUUCAGAUGGUGAAAAUGGUGGUCAGUCUCCAUCAGACGAGGUUUCCAAAGCCAAGGCAUCAAGAAAGAAGCCAAAAGAAGACUACACUUCAUCUGGGAAGAAGAAGAAAAAAAACAACAGUAUUGCACAUGAAGAUGCUGUAGAUGCUGAGGGAUCAGCACCAACCAGGGUCUCAGAUGACUUUAUUUUGGCCCUGUCUUCGGAUUCCGAGUCUUCUCCUGAUGGUAAACCAAGAGCAAAAGCAAGAAGAUUAUGUAGUCCAAAGAAGGAAAAUGAUAAGGAUGCAGCAUUAGUUGGUAGCAGUGAGAACUCUGUAUCGAAGAAGGUUCCAAAAGAAAAAUCUCCCAAAAAGAAGUCAAGACUAGAGGAUGAUACUCUACAUAAGAUAAAUAGGAUGGAUGACCUGCAGAAGAAGGGAGGAAAUGAGGACCUGGAAGCACCAGAAGAGGACACAACUGAGAAGCCUAUUAGUUCCCGGGUUUCUACCUCAAGCUUAUCUCUGGUACUAUCCGAGAAAGUCCAACGUUCAAAGGCACUUGUUGAGUGUGAUGGAGAUUCCGUUGAUUUAAGUGGGGAUAUGGGGGCUGUAGGACGCAUAAUGGUACAAGAUAGCCCUGCUGGAAAUAGUGACAUGUACUUCGAUCUGAAAGGAACAAUAUACAGAACAUCAAUUGUUCCGUCCAGGACAUUUUGUGUCGUUAGCUUUGGCCAAUCAGAGGCAAAGAUAGAAGCCAUUAUGAAUGACUUCAUUAAGCUAACACCACAGUCCAAUGUUUAUGAAGCUGAAACAAUGGUUGAAGGAACACUUGAGGGUUUCUCUUUCGAUUCAGAAGACGAAACAGAAAAAGUGCAGAGGAAAGCUUCUCAUCCAUAUCAGAAUGAGGGCAUUGAAGAACAGCCCAAUGGUGGGGGGAAAGCCAAGGCGAAAACGGAUAAGUCAUCAGGUUUUGAUAAGAAGAAAAGCAAGAGUGCAGGAGGGAAGUCUAAUCCAACAAAGCGAGCAACAAAGAGAAAUCAAGCUUCGAAGAGAGCUAAAGCCAAGAAAUGA